AAUAGUCCGUUUAAUUUUGUUCACCAACUUAUAAUUGGUUAGGUGGUUUAUCCGUGUUUUAGGCCGCUUGUACUGUCCAUGGUGCUGACUUAGUCACAUCCAUAAAAGGGAUCUUUAAAAUGAUGUCCAUUUGUACACAAACAACUUUAAAUAAACAAAUAUACAAAUUAAUAGUUUCAAUCAUUUGUACCAAAAACCUAAUCUAUGUUUAAAAAUUCUACAUUUCUUUGUCUUUCAUUUCUUAGUUUACAGAUAUAUUUAUGCACCACAAAUACACACAUACUUGUAUGCGAAAGCUCUGCAUAAAUAUAUGUUUUUGUUACAUAUACAAACUAUUUAAUAUAUAUAGCAUUUUCUUCUGUUGUAGAAAUCCACGUGGUGCACCGAAAUAGCCGUCAAUCGGUGCUUCCUGCGUUUCGACGCUUGGCGACAUUUUACGGCACUUUGCGAAGCUGCCGUAUGCCGACGCGCUGCUCUCCAGAGUGAAAUACCGGCAGAGGCGCAGCGGCAGAAUAAUACCUGCGAGGGGCAGAUAGUGAGCAGUGCCGGCUCCCCCACCAUCGGCAAGCAGCCUGCGCUCCUCCUGCGUGUCCGAGCUGCGCCGGUAGAUGCAGACCGUCGGCUGAGGUGGAAGCAACGCAGGGACAGCAGCGCUGAAUACGGACCCGGGUUGUGCGGCUGGUGCCCCCCCCCCCGAGCGGCGCUUUAAACAUAAAACCAGAACGCAGGGUUAGAGGGUUAAAAGCGCGCAGAGGGUUAGGGCCGGCCGAAGGAGCGGCGAAGAUGGACUAUGAUUUCAAAGUGAAGCUGACUGGCGAGCGGGAGCGCGUCGAGGACUUGUUUGAGUACGAGGGCUGCAAAGUAGGGCGAGGGACGUACGGCCAUGUGUACAAAGCAAAGCGGAAAGACGGGAAAGAUGACAAGGAGUAUGCCCUGAAGCAGAUUGAGGGCACCGGCAUCUCUAUGUCCGCCUGCCGGGAGAUUGCGCUGCUGCGGGAGCUCAAGCACCCGAAUGUCAUCUCCUUGCAGAAGGUCUUUCUGUCACAUGCAGACCGCAAGGUCUGGCUGCUCUUCGACUAUGCUGAGCAUGACCUCUGGCACAUCAUCAAAUUCCACAGAGCCUCCAAGGCCAACAAGAAGCCACUGCAGCUGCCACGCGGGAUGGUGAAGUCACUGCUCUACCAGAUCCUGGACGGCAUCCACUACCUGCAUGCCAACUGGGUGCUGCAUCGGGACCUGAAACCUGCUAACAUUUUGGUGAUGGGUGAGGGCCCAGAAAGGGGACGCGUCAAGAUUGCGGACAUGGGCUUUGCCCGCCUCUUUAACUCACCAUUGAAGCCUUUAGCAGACCUGGACCCUGUGGUGGUUACAUUCUGGUAUCGAGCCCCAGAGCUGUUGCUUGGGGCCAGGCACUACACCAAAGCCAUUGACAUUUGGGCCAUCGGCUGCAUCUUCGCAGAGCUGCUGACCUCAGAGCCCAUAUUUCACUGUCGGCAGGAAGAUAUAAAGACCAGCAACCCGUACCACCAUGACCAGCUAGACCGCAUCUUCAACGUCAUGGGCUUCCCCGCAGAUAAGGACUGGGAGGACAUAAAGAAGAUGCCGGAACACUCGACUUUGAUGAAAGACUUCAGAAGAAAUACGUACACAAAUUGCAGUCUCACAAAGUACAUGGAAAAACACAAAGUCAAACCCGACAGCAAAGCAUUCCACUUGCUACAGAAGCUGCUGACUAUGGACCCCAUCCGCAGGAUCACCUCUGAGCUGGCUAUGCAGGACCCGUACUUCCUGGAAGAGCCAUUGCCCACCUCAGAUGUUUUUGCUGGGUGCCAGAUCCCAUACCCCAAACGUGAAUUCCUGACAGAGGAAGAGCCAGAGGACAAAGCAGACAAGAAGAACCAGCAGCAGCAGGGGACCAACCACACCAACGGGGCUGGGCACACGGGGAACCAGGACAAUAGCCACGCCCAGGGCCCCCCCCUCAAGAAGGUGCGAGUGGUUCCCCCCACCACUACCUCAGGCGGCCUCAUCAUGAACUCAGACUACCAGCGCUCCAAUCCACACGCUGCCUACCAGAACCCGGGACCAAGCACGUCGCUGCCCCAGAGCAGCAUGGGAUAUUCUUCUACCUCCCAGCAGCCUCCGCAGUACUCCCACCAGACCCAUCGCUACUGAGGCUUCACCUGUACCACCACCACCCCCCCAUGCCUGGGAGUAUGUACCGAAGAAAGGGCCGUGGGGCAGGACCAGGAUGUGGCACACACACACACACACACACACACACACACACACACACACACACACACACACACACACACACACACACACAUAUAUAUAUAUAUAUAAUACACACAGCCACGCAGCAUGUGGCAUUUCAAUAACCAUAUAAAAGUAAGGGGGCAGGAGCUUGAACAGUAGCUGCGUUGAGUGUUUGCUUGCCAUCACUGCAUAUAUGUGAGCGUGAGAUUCAGCUCUGGUACCCGGUACUAUUCACACACCAUGGCCAGGCGACCGUCCUAUUGGCCUGCAGGUUCUGCUCUCACUGGACUGAUGGUCUCCUUCCCUUUCUUGUUGUCCCAAGUCUUUUGACUUUACCGAGAUAAAAGCUGCUAUGUUCUAGCCAACAGCGACGGAGUCCUAGACAAGGCUGGCGCGGGCGGCUGCUGAGCGGAGCAUGCUGGGAAGGCCGGCAUCCGCACGCACACAGUCCCGGAGCUGGGCCUCUGUGUCUGUGGUUUAUAACUCUUUACCUUUGUGUUCUGGCCUAGCACGGCUGCUAGCCUUAGCCUCCGAUGAGGAACUGAGAUGAACAUGCAUCGUACUGUACUGAAACAUUUUACAUGAUGGAGUGAGGAUCCUGAACAAUAAAAGCUGAACUGUUACGUUUGGA